ACGGAAUUAUCCCAAUUUAGUGAGACAAGAUAUACUUUACAAUAAAAGGAAUAAACAUAAACUUUCUUUUGUAAGCGUGUGAUGAGAAGGAUUUAUGGGUCAACGUUUUAGAUAAAAAGUCUAAAUUUUGAGAUAUAGGCUAGUAAGUCCAACUCACAGGAUAGGGAGUCAAAAAUGUGACUUUUUCUAAUUUGACUUUUGUAGCUCACAAUUUUGAUUUGGCCUACUAGACUACUACUAAACUAAAUUUGACAUAAUAGGAGCAUUAAAAAACGGCUACGGCUACAGAACCAGUGCAAUUAUUUACUGACUAUUGACACAGAACGGGAUUCUGUGCCUAUAGUCCACAGGCUGUUGGUCUGGACCAAUAUUUGAAUUUGAUCACGUGAAUGUGUUUUCCAGUUUGCUGACCUCUCGUAGACCACUAACUGGACAUUUUUUACCACCACAUCAGGCAUUUUAGCGCUGUUAAUCGGGACAUUUUUACCACAUUGUACUGUUUUAACCCAGACUAUGAUCGUUCACUAACCCUAACCAAGUGGUUUUUGUGCCUAAACCCAACCAUUUUAACCCAGACCAUGGGAGGGAUUGGCUAUCACCUAAAUCAUGGCGGGCUUGACUCAACUCCUCAACCAUGUCCAUAACCUCUUGUCUGAUAGUGCGUUUGAUACAUGCGCACUUGGAAAAAGGAAAGUGAAAAUAAAUCUGUCGAUCAGAAGAAAGCCUUACACGCACUCGUUUAUUUUUUACAGGUCUAUGAAGAAAUUACACUAAAAACAGCAACAUCCGACGACAUACGAUGCCUGAAUUACAUUUCAUUUCUGUCUUCAGGACUUGAUCUCUAGUUCGCAUGAAGGAUAUUUCUAGUUCGCCCUGGAUUUGCAGCAGGAUAUAAUGGGUGUACCGAUGAUACACAUGUGCCUUGUGGUGGCUCUUUGUGCAUUUCAGUCUAGUUCUGUCCCUGUUCCAGAUAGCCUUGCGGUUUCGGUGAGGACCCCUGUCUCAGUGAGUGGCGGCCAUACGGUGACAUUACCAUGUUGGCUCAUUCCAUCACAAAAUGCAGAGGGUCUGGAAGUACGCUGGUACCUUGGUGAUCAAUUUGAUGCCCCAAUCGUGCUUUACAAGGCAAAAACGUUGGAAGUGGCGUCUAAAGAACCUUCGUACGUGGGCAGAGUGGCGUUUGGCUUAAAGGAUGCCACAUCUGGGGGGCUGAAGACAGGUGAUGUGAGCCUGGAGCUGUUAAAUGUCACAGUUAAGGACGCAGGAGAUUAUAAUUGUUAUGUCAGCAGUGACCAGCAUUAUGACAGAGCAAGUGUCACACUCACUGUGUCUGAAACGGGAGCCACCCCUCUCCUCUCAGUCGUGUGGAAAGAUAACAUGAUGAAUGUGAGCUGUGAGUCUGAAGGCUGGCAUCCACAGCCUCAGCUGCACUGGUCGCACCAGAAACAGGAUCUGACCCCAAAAGGCCUGGUGUACAGCACAGAUGCUUCAGGUCUUCUGUCAGUCCACAGCUGGAUUCUUGUCUCCGACCCCUCCGAAGUUUCCUGCUCAGUAGGCCUCUCUGAUCAAGGGGCGAAAGAGGCAAGAGUGCGCCUGGAAAGCCCUCCUCAACCUCCAAAACAGGAGUCAGGAUCCUCAGCAGUUGGAUGGGUGGCCUUCACUAUGCUCCUGAUUGCUGUGUUAGCUUUACUUGGAGUGCUGUACUUCAAAAAGAGAGCUCUAUUUUUGGGGAAGGGUGACAAGUCCGGGAGUGAUCCAGCUGAAGAGAAACUCUUACAAAAAGAUGUGGUCCAGCCAACAGAUCUAUCAACAUGUAUCACGCAUUAUGUAAAUGUAAAACUUGAGGAGACAAGAAAUCCAUAUCUUAAAAUCAAGAAUGGUAUACUGAGAGAUGGAAAUGGUCCGUUUCCUGAUGGACCAGAGGUUACUGGUCUCACAGCUAUUAAAGGAACACCUGGCUUCUCUUCUGGACAGCACUACUGGGAGGUUUCUUUAGGGAAUGAAAACGUAGCCCUCAAAAAGUCCUGGUGGGUCGGGGUUACAAAUCAAGUCAACCUUCACGAGUGUAACACUCCCCUAACUGCAUCUAAUGGUUUCUGGUUCCUGUCCUCUUCCCCUGAUAGAGCAGAGAGCUUACAGUUUAGCACAGAACCAAAUGUAUUGCUGCCUUUCACUUCAAGGCCGCGGAUGGUUGGUGUGUUUCUGAAUUAUGACAGCGGAGAGCUUUCUUUUUAUAAUGUGGAAGAUAAGAGUCUCAUCGGCAGUUUAACAGCUUCGUUCACAGGUGAAGUCUUUCCCUUUUUCAAUCCUGGUAAAGGUGAUCUGGCACCUAUGGAGAUAUUGCAGAGAACAGUAGAGAAUCAGUUUAGUGACAUGAGGAACUCUGCAGAUCCAACACAACCAGAGACAAAAUAAAUAGCAAGAUGAUAACACUUGAGAUCUGUUUUAUAUUUCAGCACUGUACUUGUAUCUUGUGCCGAAGGGAAAAAACGAUCCAAAAUUUGCAGUUUUGCUUUUACUUUAUGGUUUUAUUCAGUUCAAGGAGAUUUGAUAAGUUACUAAAAUGGGUGUUGUCCACCCAACAUUUGUAAAAUACGAGUAGCCUAGUUCAUGUUAAAGCUAAAGGGUUAAUGGUGAAACUAUCUCAAAAAUAUCAGUUCCAAUUCUACAUGGAUUUUAUAAUAAAUCUGCAGUACUAGGUAAUUUUGUGAAACUCAUAAUGGGUUUUUUUUUGUUUUGCUUUUUUUUUUGGUCAUGGUUGUAUGAUGUGAUAAUUCAGCUUAAUUGUUGUAAAUAUACCAUUAAGUGUAUUUUAAUCAGUUUUAGCGAGAGUCCACAUGGCCACUGGUCCUAAAUGCUAAUUGCUUUAACAUAGAUGAUAUACAUAACCUCCAUAUUAACAUAAAUAUAGUUUUGCUGUGUUUGUAUUUUUUAUUUGAGUUUUGUAUCUCAAGGUGUUUUUCAUUUCCAUGCUACUAUAAGUAAAUAUGCACUGACAUAGGAAUUUCAUGUACAAACUCAUUAUAAUGUGUAGAUCUGAUAAAGACUCUAACAGCCUGGACAGUUCUGACAGGAAGUUCUCAUUUUAGUUAUUUAUUUUCUUGCCUUUGUGUUAUUUUAUCCCUGUAACCAGGCUGUAAACACACAACUUAACAUAAAACACUUACAUGAAGACAGACACUCCAUUCUUAAAAAGCUUUGCUGCCACCAUGUGAAAUUUAGACUUUACUUUCUCGAUUCUCUUGAGGUUCUCAGUGGUCUGUUACAUCAAUAUACUGCACAUAUUACAUAGUACUGAUGUUCUGACUUAUUAAGCGUAAGAAGCGAGGUGGACUAAGGAUCUGUGAAGGUGGCAUAAACACAGUGGUGAGCUGAGAUAGUCAGGUAUAUAAUACCAACCUUGAAAGUGCCGCAGUAGCUUUUUAAAAAUGUUUCCACCUAUUGUAAGUUUGCCUGUUGUCUUUUUUGAAAAAGAAAAGUUUUAUGGCAUGUCUCUGGCAGACAUGUGAAUUCAGUUUUGGAAGAGAGUCUAAUAACACUCAUUACAAAAGCUAAAUUCUGAUGGUACCACUGAUUACUGUUGUGCAUGUCUGGUUUGAGGCAGCUGUACCUUGAAGAGCUAAUGUGUUGUAUUUGAGUUUUUUUUUGGUGAUGACCUUUGAUAUAUGAUUGUAGAGACUGCCAUUCAUAUUUCACAUACUAUUUUUAAAGAUCUCUCCAAUGAUCAUUUAUAUUAUAAUGUGAAAUGGUCUUACAAUCUUUGAAAUUAUUGUGACUGUCACCAUUUUUUAAUAAAAGCUAUCAAUAUGG